AUGACUAGAACGGGUGGUUUAAAUGGAGACUAUAAAAGUAUAGAAAUCGAUGUGGAUACUGGAUUCUUUUUUAAUCAAGCCAAUAAAAAAGGAAAAUUGACUCCUGAAGAUGUCAGAAAAUUGGAUGAAAUCAUUGACUCUGAUCAAUUUAAAUCAUUGGAUCCUAAAUAUACAAAUCCAAACCCAUUAUCAACACCUAAUUCCUACAGAUACACUGUUUCAUAUUCUGAAAAGAGAAUUGGUUCAACUUUUGAUGUUUCAACUAAAUACCCAGAUUUUCUGGAUCAAUUGAUUUCAAUUUUUGAAAAAUAUGCAAUCUAA